CAGGUGAAAAUAUCGCUCCAGAGACAAAUCAUUCGUGCAGAGUUAGGUAGAUACAGUCACGUAGAAGCAACGCACCGAGCGCGGUGUUAGAAACGGAAAAAACGCGGGCAUCACAACCUGUAAAUGGUGCUUUAACGGUUUGCCCGCGCGGAUUUGCCGCGCUGACAUCGCCAUAUGUUCAGUAACAUUACUUCAGAGUAUAAAGAGCUGGGCCUUUCCCCAGGAUUUAAGAUCUCUAUAAUAAUUGUGCUGGGGUUGGAAAUAAUUUUUGGUAUUUGUGCCAGCUGCACUGUUUUGCUGAUAUACUGGAACAAGAGAAGUGUUCGGAGCGUAGCAACAAAGUUCAUCGCAAACCUUGCUCUUAUUGACUUAAUAAUCUGCUGUGUUUGUGUUCCGUUCACCAUCGCUCGCGUUUCAGGAUUUGCUUAUCAUUCUGCACUGUUUUGUUGUUGGCAUGAGGCUGUUACAUCAGCUCUGAGAAAUGCGUCGUUUAUAACUUUACUGCUGAUUUGUUAUGACCGUUACAAAUCAGUAACGAACCCGUUUGUGUUAAGACUUACCCACCUCAAAGCCAGGCGCGCUGUUAUUUUGGUAUGGUGUUUGAGUACUGUUAGUGUUAUAGCACCUUUCCUUGAAUGGCGUUGGAAGGCCAAGACAUUCUGGUCUUCUGCGUGUAUUUUGAUGUUUAGCGAGUCAAAGGAACCCUGUUUUUUUCGCCUGUAUUAUAUGCCAUCGUUUUUAUUGUCAUGUACGAUUCUGCUUCCCGCCUACUUGCGAAUAUCGAAGGCCGCCUUCUCCAGAGUGCACAUACAAGCCAUGAUGAUUCGAACGUCGUUCAUUGUGCCUGCGACGUUUACGCAAAGGCGAAAUGAGGCAAUGGUGCGUCAAAAAGAAUGGAAAAUCGCCAAAAUGACUGGAGCAGUAGUCUGUUCUGUGUGUGGAUUAUGGUUGCCAUACACCACGUUAACAUUCUCCAUGUAUUUUAUGAGGCCCUCUAAUCUAUUGGUUCGUUUAGAGUUCGUGUUUUUGGCUUUUGGUUACUUCAACUGUGUCUUGAAUCCUUUAUUGUAUGCGUUCACAAAAGAGAAAUUUCGCACUGCGUUUUGGAGAACUUUGCCUUGCAAGAAAUAACAGGUAGAGCGGAUAAUCAACUUUGUGCUCGUUUUCAGUCCCAAUUUACCAACUUUAUCUUUGGUUUGUUUACUGUAAGGUUUUUUCUUAAUCGAUGUACUUCCCUAGUGGCCUUAAAUGCGGAAGAUUAUCGAAAGGAGUUGAAAAGUUGAAGCACCUCUGCGCUUUUCACAGUUGAGUUGCUUUCCGUAAGAAAUUUAUAACCGUGCAUUAACACACGUAAAAUUAACGUAUAUUUACUUUUCUACAGGACUUCGUUUCCUUUCGAACAAGUCUGGUUCUUACACUAUUGUAGUCGGAUUUCUGUGGCUCAGUGUCUUUAUACGAACAAUAAAGAAAUUUGUGUCCACACAAAGCUGCAAUUUUUUUCAUAUCGUAUUUCGGGUCGUUCGUUGACAAAACGAUGAAAAAUGCAAAUCGAGACCUAAAACACGUACACACAUAAUCCGAGCAGAUGGCAUUUGAAAAAUAAACUUUCAUUUUUCCCUCGAUUUGCAUUUCGGUGGAUUCAUUAAAUAAUAAAUUAAACGCUUUUCAUUUAUUUUGAAGAUUUAAAUAAUUUUUAGCCGACUACGAAAUAGGUUUUUUGGCACUUUUUCGUCCGCACUCUAUACGAUGGGGCUUUAUUGGAUCUCGUCUUUAACAAAUUCGGUCAUUCGUUCCUCCAUUGUGACGCGCGAGAUAAACAUUAUAGGUCGUAGUUGUGCACUUGUUACGGCAGAGAAAUGGCGAAGAUGUAAAACACACAGAAAUUUGAAACCCGUGUAUCGAUUGUACCUG